CGUUUCGGUCGUUGUUGCCCACUAUUUAAUAAUUGUGGUGUUCGCGACGACACGUCGACACGGGCCAGAAUUAUCUCAAGGCAUUGUGGUUAUCAGGUGUUAUUAUAUAGCGUGGUGGCACCGGCACAAGUAGUUUCUUCUGCACCCCAUACAGCGAAGUUUUACGGAGUACACGAUGGAAGACCAGCCAAAGUUGUUCACGCGCGAGGAGUUGAAGUCUCGUUGCACGCGCAAUGACGCCGUGCUUAUAAUUCACAACGAAGUAUACGACGUCACCAGCUUCCUCGCAGAGCACCCCGGAGGCGAAGAAGUGCUGCUAGAGAAAGGUGGCCAAGAUGCAACGGAGCCUUUCGAAGACGUUAGCCACAGCUCCGAUGCCAGAUCCCUGAUGAAGAAGUACAAGAUCGGCGAGUUGGUGGAGGCGGACCGAGUGCAGAGCAAGAACGCUUUCGCGCCGCAGUGGAGCAACGAUCAGCCGCAGGAGCAGGGCAACACGUGGACGUCGUGGCUGACGCCGCUGCUGCUGGGCGUGGCCGCCACCAUCCUGUACCGGUACCUGUUCGCGUAGUGCGCCGCCGCUUCGCCACGCACGCGCCGCAACCUCCACCGUCGCACUUCAACUCGACUACAUCUACAUGGGUAAAUACUGUGUCCAUUCACCAUCGUGGCUCAAACUCUUUAUAAAGCUCUAUGGCAAGGCGAGUAAGUUUUAUAAAUAAGCACCCAAAGGUUCAGGGAGGUGAACAGUGGACCGCAGACUGAAUAGAUAGGUCAAUUACUGAGUGCGUGGCCUUUUAGCAGCCUUGUGCGCCGCAGUUGGCCUGG